ACGUCAGUGUUUGUUUACAGUCUGCAAGAGAUGCUGUUUGUCGUUGUCAGUAGUUUGUGAGCGAAUAUUGCUAUCAACUCGAGCGUAUUUUUUUUUAUGGUAUUAGUAUUCUAAUAUCAUGUCCCUAGCCAGUGACCACUUAAAUAUGACCCGAAAACGGCUUAUCGAAGCUUUGGGUCCCGAUAAAAAACACAAAUAUUUUCAUCAGAUGAAGCAAUGGUUCAGAAUGAAGGUAACAAAGGAGGAAUUUGAUAAGAGUGCUCGAGAACUGCUGGCAUUAGAUUCUGUGCAUUUUCAUAAUGAAUUUUUGCUGGCUAUCUUAAGUAAAUGUCAACUCUUCACAUUGUCAACAUCAUCUUUGUCCUCAUCAUCGUCAGCAACGUCUCGAAUUGAAUCUCAUCACCGGCAUGAUGAACAGCGCAUAGAUUCAGGUACAGGGAAUGCUAGUGCUAGGGAUCACGCAUCUCUUAAUUUGUAUACAUCACAGUCAUCAGACCGCAAGAAGAGUAAAGCAAAGAAGAAGGCUAAGACUUCUCCACUUAUUCACGAUGGUAAUUUUGAACCAGUAAAUAUCCAUGAUAUAGCAAUAACAGCUUCAGUUCGGGAACCACAAGCCAUCACAGAUGCAGGUGCUGGGUACCUGUCACGUUCUCUCUGUCUCUUGGAUACUGGACCUCUGAAGGGACGUUUAUUGUUAGCUGCAUGGGAUCAUGGGAUUACACAAGUUGGUGAUAAUGUUGCCACCAUGCUACAAGAAGCAACUCAGCAAUGUUUGAAGAAUAUAAUAAUGGCAGUGGUUAGCAGACGUCGUGGUUAUCGUGUUAGAGAAGGGAGAUUUAUGCAUUCUCUUGGAACAACUCCACCUAAUCCUUGGUUACGAAAUACAGGCUCUUUGAAUGACUGGAUGUCUGAAAGUUUAGGAUUACCUACUGGGGAGGGAGGUGAAGCUGGCUCAAGACCAAUUUGGCCAACAGUGGAUUCUGCUGACCAAAAUGCAGCGCAUCUAGCAUCUUGCGCACCUCCCCUUGAUAGUCCUUUGCCUCCUAUAAGUUUGUUCGAUUUAUUGGAAGCUUUACAGGUGAAAAAGAGUGUUAUUCCAUGCCAUUCAGUAUAUGCUGUAGGACUUGAAAGAAUCUCAUCUCGUCUGUGGCAUCCCAGCUGGGGAGAAGUUGAGCAAGAAGCCAUUGCAGCCCAAGAAUCAUUAUUAAGAGAUACCCUCAAGGAACAAAGAUUAGCUGCAAAUCCUGUUUCAUAGCAGUCUUCAUUCUAAUCCUAAGUGCUACAAAAGGUUUUUCUUUUUUAAUUUAUAUGCAGGCAGUGAACUGUAAGAAAUUUCGAGACACAUACAUGUUUGUGUGUAUGUGUAAUAAAGGCAAUUCCUUAUUA